CAUCCAUUCGCCUUUUCCUGCGUCCCCCUUUUACUCGUUUCCAGCCGAUCUCUCUUGCUUUCGUCAAAAUGGGUGGUCAUCUUGAUCCGAAGAACGGAUACUUCAUUGGCGAAUGGGGUCACCUGGGUUGCCCUACCCCCCAGCGCAUCGCCACCUACUCUCUGUCCCCCAACAGACAGAGGCCUCUUGCCGGCACCUUGAACGCUGCCAUCUUCAACAGCUUCCGUCGCUUCAGACAUCAGGUCCUCUACGUUGUCCCUCCCUUUGUCGCCGCCUACGCCAUCAUGAACUGGGGUAUUGAGAAGAACGAGUACCUCAACUCCAAGCCUGGCCGUCUCGCUGAGGGCGCCUCCGAGUAAAUUUGUUUGGUGGAAAAUGCGGAGAUUGGAGGUUAUACUUGAGAAAUGGGCGUGAUUGCUCUGUACAGUACCUAGAAAGCAAUCUAUAUCUUUCAGUUAUAUCUAUAUAUUUAUUUCCCGUCAAUGACGAGACUCCUAGGCUUAGAAUUGUCUGACCGCAAUAAAAUCCGGCUUCAGACAGCUGAUGUAUUUCGGUACGAGUUUGUCGAUAUCAGCCAAUCAGCAUGCGGGGAUUAGUGGGCAAUUGACCUGCCCAGGCAGAUCUCCUUUGGCCAUCAAUUGGCGUGGAAAGAGGAGGAUAUUUGAUCUCUAUAAGGUGUUUCUCAACUGAGGGUAUGGUAGUGUGCUUGUAAUUGUUUUGAUAAUUUAGAAAAUCUCCUCUUCUGUCCUUAUUCCCUCCCAGCUUGAUGAAGGGGACCGAGUUAGCUGGAGAAUCACUAUUUCUUCUUCCCCCUAGAGUCAAUAGUGAUUAUGAAGGAGCCUUACUUAUCUUAU